AUGAUGGAACGUCAGACUUCUUUUAUCAAAAGGUCCCUGACGGCAGUCGGGCUGGUGGCCGCUGUUCUUUUCAAUGCAUGCCCGAGCGAGGUAACGAAUGUUCUGGCGACAGGCCAAAGUAUAGUCCUCAGUUGCACUCGAAGUGAGAACUUGACCACAUGCGCCUGCAAAGAAGUAUCGGCUGCGAACAGACAAGUGGGCAGUUCUACAGGCACUGCAACGUUGUCCGAGUUGAGCAAUGGACUCACUAUAGAGUGCCCGAAAACAACUUACGAGUUUGUGCCUAAGGAGCCGACACAUGUGUGCAUCGCAAAAGAAUCCACUUCAGCGAUCCUGCAGGCGUGUAAAGCCACGCCGACGAAAAAUCCUAUCAAGGAUUUGCUGAUCCAAACCACCCAGACCAAAGUCCCUGAAUGGACAACCACAAAUCCGGGAGGGCACUCCCUUAUCCUUCCCCCAGAGACGUUCCCCAUCGUCGACAAAAGCUUCUUCGCAGGCUGCUUGAAAACGAGUUCACGUCGUCAGAGAAACACCGAUGUCGAGUGUUUGGUGAAAGUUGACGUCAAAGCGAGGACCUCUGCAGUGAGGGACGGCGUCCUCAUUUGCGCGUACGGAGACAAAAGCAACACAUCUGUUCCUGAAGUGACGCUGAACGCAGAGAACAAUUCCCUGACUAUCCAGUGUGGUGAGGAAGGAGAGAUGCAGCCCGACCCAAAAUCUCUGACAGCUUACCACUGCACGGACACCAACAUAGAGAACUGCAAGACCGUCGUGAACCUCACUGAGGUCAUGCCCAGUUUCGCAAAGAGCUGGUGGACAGAGGAUGACAAGAACGGGAAGGCACCUAAACUGGUGAUUCCUGAAGGUGGCUUCCCUGCUCAGGAAGAAACGAUCGUGCUGGGUUGCAACGUAAGAAGCAAGGUUCUUCGAAGGGGCAGAAAGAGCAAGCGAACACAACCGCGACGUUGCCAACAUGCAGAGUGA